AAACAUACGCACACACACAUACACACUGACAGACAUCCACAUCAAGACACAUGCAUAAAUGGCAAUAUGGACGAGCAUCAGCAUUUGUUGUAUUGUAUACUGCUCCUCCCUCGACGUCUCCUUGCGCAGUGACGCGCGCGUGCCAAAAAUUAUUGUCAAUUUUAUUAAGCGAGAAGCAGCAGCAGCAGCACCAGCACCAGCAGCAGCUGCAGCGGCUAUUUACUGAAGGCGCAACGACCACAGGAAUCACGGGAACAAUAACCACAACCACAAAAACAACAGCAACAGCAACGAACAUUGCUAGAAGAAGCCGAAUAACAUAUACAAAAUGUCAAUUCAAAAGCUUAACGACAACUCCAAUUCGGGAUAUGUCAGUUCCGAGGAGACGGACUCACUUUUAGUUUCGAACCCAUCGAAGGGCAGAAGUGCCCUAUUGCGACAGGUGAUGAAUAGCUCGGCGAAUGGACCAACAGCAAAUAAUUCAAUGGCUUCCACCUCGGGCAGUGGUAGUGGCGGCAGUUGCAGUGGCAGCGGCGGCAUUGGCGGUGGCGGCGGAAGUGGGAGCGGUGGUGGUGGUGGGGGUAAACCGACAUUAAUGCGACAAGAUCGCACUUCCACAUAUCUAACCAGUCCGCAGCAAUCGCAACAGGCACGCAUGGGCUCCGAGGAGAGUAUGCGACACGACGAGGAUAUUGAGCAAGGAUUGCGGACUGCAUCUGCCACAUCAGCAUCCGCAUCCGCAUCCGCAUCCGCAUCUGCAUCCAUUGUGCCUGACAUUGAGGUGCAUCAAGAAGAGGACCAAGAACUAACACAAAACACAUCAACGACCACAACAAUAUCGGCCUCGGCUACAGCGGAACAGCCGAAGCAAUCGCAACCGACCAUAUCAAUUAUGAAUUUAAGUCUUAAGCCGCACGAGCAUGGCCACGGUUAUGGCCAUGGACAUGGACCCGGUGCCGGACCUGGACCAGGUAGCCAUCCAAAUUUGGGCACCUCAUCAUAUCAGAAUCUAUCGUCUAGCAUACCGCCGAGUGCACCCAGCCGCUGUCGAGCUUGUCGCAAUUGCAACCGUCGCGCUUCCACCACUCCCAUCUCCACGGCGGGACAAAUCGAUAGAUCAACGUCGCGUGACAGUGUGAAAAGUGCCUUCCAACAGGGUAAUUUGACCAGCUCGAUGGCCAUAUGCAUAUCAAACUCAGCCCUCCAGCAGCAGCAGCAGCAGCAGCAGCAACAACAGCAGCAACUGUUUCAUCAUCAACAAUUGCAGCUGCAACAUCAUCAGCAACAGCAGCAGCAGCAGCAACAUCAACAACAGCUGCAACAACAGCAAGUGCCGCCAGUGUUAAUCACGUCAUCGCCAACAAACGGUUCGCGAAUAAUACGUCAAAGCUCACAACCGGAAUCAAGCACUACGGCCAUCUGUUGCGGCACACAUAGCUCCUGUGUUGGCCACUCCCAUUCGCAUACGGUGCCAAAUGUCUCAUUGAAGCAGCUGCGGGAAAGCACCACCGAUGGCAUUGCUGGCAUUGCGGCCGAUUCCCUAAGGAUUAAUGGCGGCAUGCGGCCAUUUAAGCAGGGCGUUCUUCUAAUGCCUCGCACAUUGUCCGAAAGCCGAAAAUUGCGACUUAGAAGGGCCUUCACAGAAGCUACUAACGAAACUCUCCAAUGCUCCAAAAUGCUCCGCAAACCAGCGUCGACACUCUCAAUUCCUGGCUCGAUGAAAACACCUUCCAUUGCGAACCGGGAACAGAUCUCAUCUGGAUGCAACGAAGAAGCAGCCGAAGCACUAGUGGGUAUCCACUCAGACUACCCUAGGUAUGAAAUGUAUAUGGAAGAACGUGCUCUUACUGGCGGUAAUACGUCCAGAAAACCAUCAACUAACUCGGCCAAACAUAAACCAAAUGUAGGCUAUCGCCUAGGCAAAAGAAAAGCUUUAUUCGAGAAGCGCAAACGUAUUAGUGACUAUGCCCUGGUCAUGGGCAUGUUCGGCAUCAUCGUGAUGGUAAUUGAAAACGAAUUGAGCAGUGCUGGUGUAUACACAAAGGCAUCGUUUUACUCGACAGCGUUAAAAACCUUAAUAUCUGUUUCGACUGUGAUUCUUUUAGGACUUAUAGUAGCUUACCAUGCUUUGGAAGUGCAGGUGAGAUUAUUCAUGAUAGAUAACUGCGCGGACGAUUGGAGGAUCGCAAUGACAUGGCAACGAAUUAGUCAAAUAGGAUUAGAACUUUUUAUAUGCGCUAUACAUCCAAUUCCUGGCGAAUACUAUUUCCAGUGGACGACGAAAUUGGCCAAUAAGAACAAAACAAUUGGCACCGAACUGGUGCCAUAUGACGUAGCUUUAUCAUUACCUAUGUUCCUUCGAUUAUAUUUAAUCUGCCGCGUAAUGCUGUUACAUUCAAAGCUAUUCACAGACGCAUCAUCACGAAGCAUUGGCGCUCUCAAUAGGAUUAAUUUUAAUACAAGAUUUGUUUUAAAAACUCUAAUGACAAUAUGCCCGGGAACGGUUCUAUUGGUCUUUAUGGUCUCUCUUUGGAUUAUUGCCUCAUGGACAUUGCGGCAGUGUGAAAGAUUCCACGAUGAGGAGCACGCGAAUUUGCUUAACUCCAUGUGGCUAACGGCCAUCACAUUUCUGUGUGUCGGCUAUGGCGAUAUAGUGCCAAACACAUACUGUGGACGUGGUAUAACGCUCACCUGCGGCAUGGUGGGUGCUGGCUGCACGGCGCUACUCGUGGCUGUUGUUUCCCGCAAAUUGGAGCUGACUCGUGCCGAGAAGCAUGUGCACAACUUCAUGAUGGACACGCAGUUAACCAAAAGGCUGAAAAAUGCUGCGGCGAAUGUUCUUCGUGAAACUUGGCUCAUUUACAAACAUACAAGACUAGUAAAACGGGUUAAUCCCGGCCGUGUAAGAACCCACCAAAGAAAGUUCCUUCUAGCUAUAUAUGCGUUGCGAAAAGUUAAAAUGGAUCAACGCAAACUAAUGGACAAUGCAAACACAAUAACUGACAUGGCCAAGACACAAAACACAGUCUAUGAGAUAAUAUCGGAUAUGUCUAGCCGUCAAGAUGCCAUCGAGGAACGUCUCACAAAUUUAGAAGAUAAAAUGCAGAGCAUACAAGAGCACAUGGAAAGCCUUCCAGAUAUACUAUCGCGUUGUUUGAGCCAACAUCAGGAACGCAUUGAGCAGCGACGCAAUUUUUUACAUCCAGAUACAGCGGCUGUAGCCCCAAUUCAACAGCCAACGCCCCAAUCGAUGUUCAAUGCAGCGCCCAUGCUGUUCCCACAUUCUAGAAGUGUUCCCUCACCCAAUAACGCCGCUGCAACUACUUACCAUUGGCCAACCAGCCCUAUAUUGCCACCUAUAUCUAGUAGAACACCACAUUUAGUGCCUGAUACUCACAUGCCAUCAAAUGGAUCUGCAGUUAAUAGCUACACAUCUUCCAACAAAUACGGCAGCUGAAUAUCAGAAAGAGAGCGCUCUAAUUCCGUGAUUAACAUCGAGAUGCUAACCAUGAAGCCAGCCAGUUAUAAUCUAUUCGCAUCCUCAACCUCAACCUCAACUUCAACUUCAACUUCAAUCUCAACCAUAACCACAUUCACAUCCGUUUCGGUCACAACGUAUACAACAUCAACAUCUACAACAACAACAACAACAACAGCAGCAUCUUUACUAUCUACGUCAAUGCCUAUACCCAAAUUCAAAUUCAAGUCCAAUUCCAAUACCAACUCCAAGUCCAAGUCUCCACAACUGAUUGAGACCUUGAAUACCUUGAGGCCAUCGCCGUUGCCCAUGUCACAAUUGUCGUCGCUGCAGCAACAGCAACAGCAGCAGAUGGAAAUGGAACUUUAUCAGUUUCAUCAGCAUCAUCAUCAUCAUCAUCAUCAUCACCAUCAUCAUCGUUUGGGUGAAAUGAUGUUAAUACCCGAAGAUGCUGAAUCGUCGACCAAUACGAAUAGCAAUAGUUCACCUGACCAAAACUCGUUAAUGCCAACAUUGAGUGCAAUAUCCUCCUCAACGAGGUGUUCAGCAUUGGCACUGGGUUCGGUUCCAUUUCCGUUUCCGUCGUCGACGACAACAACAACAACAACAACAACCACCACCACCACCAGAACAACAACAACAACGUCGAUAAAUGUGACAGGCGGCGUUAACUUAAUUGCCUCUAGGAUCGCUGAGAAUAAAUUUACUAGAAAAAGAGAACGUGUAUGCAAUAAUAGUA